AUGACGGCGCUUCUGGACAAACUCUCUUCAUGGCUCUUUUGCCAAAGCCGGACGGAAGCGUCCCGCAAGGGUUCACGGAGACCCACCCAUGCCUUUGCGCCUUCGGAGGGCAGGGGGAUCUCCCUGUGGAGAUGGAACUCUGACGAGCUGAAACCUUUCGGUUUGAAGGGAGCGAAAUCGUUAACGUCGCCCGUUUCCCGAUCUUCGUCCGAAUUGACAACCGUCAGUUGGCCACACGACCUCGUAGCGGAAGCCGGAGACGCCGUGGCGACAGUCCACUUCUGGCCCAGCCGAGGCCUUAACAGAGGUAUCAAGUCCGGUAUUGCACUGAGAAACGAGAUCGUCCACGAGCUGAACGAGGGCAAGUUCGUCGGGUUGCCCCUCGCUGCCGUGAAGCAGUACAACGACUUCAUCAUGGGGCUCGAGGAUCGCAAGCACGACAAGCGCAGAAUCCCCAUCCUUAAUCAAUGCAGCACGCCGGAGACGCUCGGGUGGCUCCUGAGCAAGGCCGGUACCGUCCCGGACAGCGAGGCGACCAAGUAG